AUGUGGCCGUGGGCGCGCCACAUACUUCAUGCAACCAGUGCAGUGUUGGCCGCGCGCUGGUCAACUCCAACCGACCUAGAUGGCAUGGACCACGCUCAUUCCUUGCUGUUGCAGAUCUACGUGGAUCAUCAGCAUAUAUCAUCAUCAUCAUCAUCAUCAUGUGACCAAGCCGCUUUUACGGGCAACAAUUGCAGUGAGACUGAGCAUCAAACGGAUGAUGAGGAAGUGACUGAUGAUGAUGAUGGUGGUGAUGAGGACGAUGAUGAUGAAGAUGAGACGGAGGACGAGGAUAGGGCGGAGGAGGUCGAAGGAAAGGAGCGGGAUGAGACGGAAGAGAGCGACGUGAGCAAAAAGUCAGCUGUAUUUUGUCACUUGUUAUCACGUCCAGAUUGUCUUAGUGUGUACGAUGAUUCUCACUUUUCUGUUUUGUGCCGUGCAAGUUAUGUUAAGCAGUUGAAGGUUCUGGAAGCUGUAUGUAUUCGUGUGCAUAAUCCUGUUCUUUGUAAACAAAAGAAGAAGGUAGUUUAUAUACGUUAG